AUGGCCUGGGCCUUCAGCAGCAAUUUGACUCUGAAUCAGAGCUUGCCUACGGCAGACCCUCUCAAUGCCUCCGGGCGGGACGAGCUCUCCCGGCUGGCCGUCAGGGGGAAGAACUGGCCGGCCCUCCUCAUCCUCGUGGUCAUCCUGCUCACCAUUGGGGGCAACAUACUGGUAAUUAUGGCCGUGUCCUUGGAGAAGAAGUUGCAGAACGCUACAAACUUCUUCCUGAUGUCCUUGGCAGUGGCGGACAUGCUGGUGGGUAUCCUGGUCAUGCCCGUGUCACUCAUUACCGUCCUGUAUGAUUAUGCUUGGCCUUUGCCUAACCAGUUGUGCCCUAUCUGGAUUUCCCUAGAUGUGCUCUUUUCCACUGCCUCUAUCAUGCACCUGUGUGCCAUCUCUCUUGACCGGUACGUAGCAAUCCGCAACCCCAUAGAGCACAGCCGCUUCAACUCCCGCACCAAGGCCAUCCUCAAGAUCGCUGCCGUCUGGACCAUAUCCAUAGGAAUAUCUAUGCCCAUUCCGGUUAUUGGUUUGCAGGAUGACUCCAGGGUGUUUGUCAACGGGACCUGCGUCCUCAACGACGAGAACUUCGUCCUCAUCGGCUCCUUCAUGGCCUUCUUCAUCCCCCUCAUCAUCAUGGUGAUCACCUACUGCCUGACGGUGCAGGUGCUGCGAGAGACAGGCGUCGGUGUUUCCUGUGCGGGAGGUGUCAAGCAGCGGAGGAGCAGCGUCAACUGCCUCAAGAAGGAGAACAACCCCGAGCACGUCUCCAUGCUGCAGAACCACGAGGGAGCCUCGCACCUGAACUCCCCGGCCAGCAGGGAGGCCGUGCUCUUCCGCAAGGGGACCAUGCAGUCCAUCAACAACGAGCGCAGGGCCUCCAAGGUCCUGGGCAUCGUCUUCUUCCUCUUCCUCGUCAUGUGGUGCCCCUUCUUCAUCACCAACGUCAUGUCCGUGCUCUGCAAGGAGGCCUGCGACAGGGACCUGCUGGGGGAGCUGCUGGACGUCUUCGUGUGGGUGGGGUACGUGUGCUCGGGGGUGAACCCCCUGGUCUACACCCUCUUCAACAAGACCUACCGCAGGGCGUUCUCCAGCUACAUCCGCUGCCGCUACCGCGGCGCCCACAGAGCCGCCCCCAGGCACAACCAGUGCCUGAACGUGGCCUCCACGGCCCUCUGCGGCAAGGACCUGACCCUCACCAGCUACCGCAACGGCAACGAGUUCAACAGCGUGGAGCUGGAGGAGGCCGAGGAGGGCCUGGAGCUGCGGCCGGGCACCUCCGAGCUCUCUAUAAACAGCUGCAAUGUUGUGAGCGAGAGGGUGAGCUGCGUGUGA